AUGGUAGUAGGAGUUAGAGUAUCUCAUCCGUCAGAAGUUGUAUCACGAAAUUCUAUGGUCAAAGUCAAAGUUAUGUCCAUAGUUGCAUCCAGGAUUAGUCUAUCUAUGAAGGAUGUGGAUCAAAAAACAGGGAAAGAUUUAUCACCGCAUUUACGCAUAAAAACUGAAGAGGCAAAAGAAUCUACUCGUAAUUCGGAGCGAUCUUUUUCGUUCGGGAAAGUUCCAGUCGUAGAAGAUAGUGAGGGUUCGAGUAACCUUAAGCGGCUCUCAUCACCAGAAC